AUGGAUCAACGUAACGUAAGUGUCACAGAGUUCUUUCUUCUGGGUCUCUCUCAGGGUCAAGAUCAGAUCCCACUUUUUGCAGUUUUCUUUUUAACUUAUCUGUUGACUCUUCUGGGCAACUCGUUGAUUAUUCUCGUUGUCCUCAAUGACCAGCGGCUCAACUCGCCCAUGUACUUUUUCCUCGGGAACCUCUCCUUUGUUGACAUUUGUUUCAGCUCGGUAACAGCUCCACUCAUGUUGGCCAAUUUUCUUCGGGAAAAGAAGGUUAUCAGCUUUAAAGGAUGCAUGAGCCAGCUGUUCUUUUUGUUUUGCACUGCCAGCAUGGAGUGCUUCAUCCUGGCGGUCAUGGCUUACGACAGGCUGGUUGCCAUCAGCAAUCCUCUGCGUUACUUAUGCGUCAUGAACAUAAAGACCUGUACGGGUCUUAUUGUCUCCUGUUGGAUAUUUACCUCUUUACAUUCACUUCUACACAUCUGUAUCGUUUCCUCCAUGAACUUCUGUGGGCCAAACAAGAUUCACGAGCACUUCUGUGACCUGCCGCCCUUGCUUGCCUUGUCCUGCUCCGAUACUUCCAAAUAUGACCUUUUGGUGUUUACAGAAGGUUCUCUGGUCACGAUGAGCCCCUUUGUAUUUGUGGUGGUCUCUUACUGUAGGAUUCUCAAAACCAUCCUAUCAAUGCGUUCAUCCUUCAGAAGAUACCAAACCUUCUCCACAUGUUCCUCUCACCUAACUUCUGUAGGCCUUUUCUUCGGUACUGUAUUUUUCACAUAUUUCCGACCAUCCUCGUCAAAUUCAGUAGAAGACAACAGGUCAGUGACCAUUGUGUACUCCAUCUUGACUCCUCUUCUCAACCCUAUCAUUUACAGUCUAAGGAACAAGCAAAUUAAGGAGUCUCUGAAGAAGAUUUUUAGCAAGCAAUCAUUCCAGCUACAAAGUCCACAUUUGUAG